ACCUCUCCUCUAUUUAUGGCCCCGUCACCUCUAAUCAUCGCCCCCACUAGCGCCAACCCAAUCGCCCUUCCCUUCCCUUCCUUGAUUUCCCACUCCACUCCGCUUCUUUCUUGGUUGGUCACCUUCCAUUUCCAACCCCCAACCAAGCGGCAGACUGAAGAGGAAGAAGAGGAGUGCGUUCUUGGGCAACUCAAGAACUACUAACUGCCUGCAAGCUCAUGGAUUUUCCACGCAUGGAGAAGCAGGACAGUAGUAGUACUACCACAACAACAGAUCCAAUGCAAGACCCAGCAUCUCUUGUGCAGCCAAAGCGGCCACAUCUCUCCAUCGACAUCCCAACAGGGAGCACCACGGCCCAGCAUCAUCAUCAUAAUCAUCCCCUCACACCCACACCAAUAGACACAGAUGCACCUGGUUCUUGUUCCAGCAGCAAUGUUCCUCCGAAGGCGGUGGCAGCGCCUUUGCCGCAGCGAUCGUCGUCGUUCAUGCUGCGGCAGACGGUGAAGAGCCUCCUGCCGGGAGGAGGGAGCUUCAAGUCAUCGGUCAGAGGGUAUGAGGCAUCGUUCUCCAAGCUUUUCGGUUCAAGGAUCACCAGGACGUCAUCGCUCCCGGUUGUCGACGAUGAUCAUGCUCUCUCGGUACACCGAGCCGAGAAGACUCCUAGCGUGCCUGACACUGACAAAUCAGGCCAUAUGUACAGAUCGCAGUCCCUCCCCAUGAACAUGAAGAAAUUCAACUCAGCCAAAAGCAUUAAAAGGAUGAACUCGCUCGGUGGCGUGUACCGUGUGGUCCCUUCGACACCGCGAGCCGCCCCCGCCACGGCAAGCAAUGCCGUGCCGGAUAUCGCCCCUGCCGAACCAGGGGAUGGAGAGGAGGAUGGGGAGGACAUUGCAGAGGAAGAAGCCGUGUGCCGGAUUUGUAUGGUGGAGCUCUCCGAAGGGAGCGGCACGAUGAAGCUGGAGUGCUCCUGCAAAGGUGAGCUUGCACUUGCCCACAAGGACUGCGCCCUCAAGUGGUUCAGCAUGAAGGGAACCAGGACCUGUGAGGUGUGCAAGGAGGAGGUCCAGAACCUCCCAGUAACCCUCCUUCGCGUCCAGAGCGUCCAGGGCGAUCCGAGACGUGUCGGCAAUGGUGGCGCCAACGGACCGCGAUACGUCCGGCACAGAUUGUGGCAUGGAACACCAAUCCUUGUCAUCAUAAGCAUUCUGGCCUACUUCUGCUUCUUGGAGCAAUUACUGGUUUCACAUAAUGGUCUUGCUGCCCUGGCGAUAUCACUGCCCUUCUCAUGUAUCCUAGGCCUCUUCUCAUCAUUGACCACAACAAGCAUGGUGGCAAGAAAAUACGUUUGGAUCUAUGCGGCGGCGCAGUUCCUCUUCGUCGUGUUCUUCACUCAUCUCUUCUAUAGAUAUCUCCACUUGCAAGCUGUGAUAUCCAUCAUCCUGGCCACCUUCGCCGGUUUCGGCGUGGGGAUGAUUGGCAAUUCCAUCAUCGUCGAGAUACUAAGAUGGAGGGCAAUGCCUCCGAUUCAAGUACGACGUGCUCGCAGGCCACGCGUAGGCGUGGCACAGCAGCAGCAUCAGCAGGCUCCGGCAUCCGGUCAACCUUCAGGCCAGUCAUCAGCUUCCGUCGAGGGACAGCAUAAUGCCGGCAGCGACAUCGAGAAUCCCACCGUCUCUCGAGCAUAGACCAUAUGUUAGUUUGAAGUUAUGUCCCGUCUUUAGUAGUCACUUGGGAAUUUGGGAGUUGAGACCUUGCUGUAUAGAUAGUAGAGCAUAAGGGGUCAUUUUUUUAGUUUUUUUGCAGCAUGUUAGAAGGAACUAUAUAUAUAGCAGCUCCUUCAAAAGGAUCAGUAGAAUGUGUCAUGGUGUGCAAAGUAUGUCAGGCAUAACCGCUAUGCUCUGCUCAAGAGCAUGAAAAGUAAAUUCCAUUGGAAAUCUGAAGACAAGCAAGUAAAUAGAAUGUUUUGCUUGGCACGUCUUCCAAAA